ACUUUAGGGCAAAAGGUCCUUAUAAAACCAAGCUGUGCAUACCAGCAAGGCAUCUUCUCUUGUGUUGGGAGCAACAAAAGCCUUCCAUCAUGAGCUUCACUGGAAAGUACGAGCUCCAGUCCCACGAAAACUUCGAGCCUUUCAUGAAAGCCCUUGGGCUUCCUGAUGAUCAGAUCCAGAAGGGUAAGGACAUCAAGAGUGUCUCAGAAAUUGUGCAAAAUGGGAAUAAGUUCAAGAUUACUGUGACUACUGGCUCCAAAGUAAUGGUCAAUGAGUUCACCAUUGGGGAGGAAUGUGAGAUAGAAACGCUGACAGGAGAGAAGGCCAAGUGUAUUGUUAACAUGGAAGGUAACAACAAACUGGUUGCUAACUUGAAGGGUCUGAAAUCCGUGACCGAACUCAAUGGAGACACCAUCAUCCAUGUAAGUGGAGAAGAGAAGGGCAAUGGCCAGAUUAACAGUGCAGACAGCUGUCUUCAGGGGUCCAAGGGGGCCCAGGCACUGCAAAGCCUCCAGUGAUGCUAGAGACCUUAA